CCAACUUUUAUACUCUAUCCAACUUUCUCUAAAAUGUUAAGUGACCUUCGUUCGUCCCUCUUUCAGUGUUCCUCUCUUCUUUAAACAGUCUUAACGCAAACGCUUUCUCCUCUUUCUCCACCAACCUCCUAAGCUCAUAUUCAUCUCUCUCUCUCUCUCAUGGCAACAACGGGAGCUGAAGAAGCUACACAACCGCUGAAAUACGAGACGCAUCUCUUGAAAGUGUCCAUCCACUGUCAAGGCUGCAAGAGAAAGGUCAAGAAGGUUCUACAGAGUAUCGAAGGUGUUUAUACCACAACUGUCGAUUCCCAGCAACACAAAGUUGUAGUGACUGGAAACGUCGACGCAGAGACCCUGAUCAAGAAACUGCAGAAAACAGGGAAGCACGCGGAGCUUUGGCCUGAAAAAGCUGAGAAGAAAGAGAAAAAAUCUGGAAAAGCGAAGAACAACGAGAAACCAAACGACUCGAAAAGCCAUGAAAACAACAAUGCUGACAGUAGCCCAAAGAAAGCAGCAGCAGAGAGCAACGAAGCAAAACCCACAUCCGCUAAAAACAGUGAAAGUGGUGGAACCACCGCCAAAGCCAGCGAAGGUGGAAGCGGGAAACCCGCUAAAAAUGGCACCGCCGGACAAAACAAAGACCCGAAGCCCGACGAAAAGAAACCGGAAAACUCGCAGGCUGGGAGCCAGUCUCCACCGCCUGACCAAAAGGGCAGUGAUGGUGACGGGCCCGCCGAUAGAAGUGGCGGUGGGGCCGGUGGUAAUGGAGGUAAGAAGAAAAAGAAGGGGCAGAAAGGGAAUGGAAACCAGGGCGGAGAUGAAGCCACCGGCGACACAGCAGCAGCCAACGCAGGAGGAUCUCCUUCUACCUCCCCCACUACUACUCCUGGUCCGAAUGCUGCAAGCCCUAGUCACACUGGUCCCACCACCGUGCCAAUUAAUCUCAGCCCUCCACGUCAGCAUGUAUACCCGUACGGUGCGUAUUGCCCCCCUCCAGUGUAUGCCGUAAGUUACAAUACAGCAUACCCCUCGUCUAGCUACGGUGCAUCCUACUACGUGCCCCCAGCACCACCUCAGUACACGUUCACGUACACUCACCCAGGCUCUUACGAUGCACCAGCACCAGCACCACCGUCCGAUUCAUUCGAGAUGUUCAGCGAUGAGAAUCCUAAUGGGUGCAUGAUCAUGUGAUGGGUUCGUCGAAAACCGACUUGGGCAUGUUGGGUUCUGUCUACACGUAGCUUAUACCACUCGUAUCAGCUAGCUUUGGGGGAGAACGACUGAAUGAGAGAGUUAAUUCUGUAACCAUGUACAUAAGUCAUAAGGAAAGUAAUGGUAGGGUUAGUAUUGGGAAAGGAGAAGUAAGAUAGUUUUUGGUUGAGGGGUUCUGGUUUAUUCUUGUUGCUUUUUUAGCUUCAGAGAGUUCUUACUUCUUAGUCUUGUAAUGUUGUAGAUUUUUGUACUUUCUAGUGUAGACAUAAGAUCUCUCUCUCUCCUCUCUAUCUGACACAUAAUCACAUUAUUUAAGUCUUUAAGUAAAGGAGGUUUUGAUAAAGAGGUGGAGACAAGAACAACUGUCCAAGUUGGGUUGCUGGAGGGGUUGGUUCUCAGUUCUCUUGCUUUUUAUGAACUGUUUGUGGGUUUGAUUUUAAGCCAGGAGCUGUCUCUAUAAAUUGUAGGGAGCUAAAAUCUAUUUGGUA